GAGACACGAGUUUAUUGCUAUUCAAUUGGGAAUAAUUGACAGACAUUUAGAUCAUUGUGAGGUUAAUAUUUUCAGUAGAAAGUCACGAAAUCAGAUUCCUAUACAGAAGUAUGUAGGAAAGUGGGUAAAUGUUGAACCCUAGCAUUACAAUGCGAAUUGAAUAUAUCGAUUUAACAAUCAUAAUUUCAAAAAGGAAUUCGCUUUAGCAUUGAGACCUUAUUACCUCAACAUGGCAGGAAGUUGGUCAGGUUUGAUGAAAAUAUACCUAGGCCGGAAAAAAGAAAAGAAUGGCAGACCCUCACGAACUACUUCUCAUAGAAUGAGCCUGUUCCUUGGUGGUGCAGCUCCUAAGGUCGCCGUACCUCGCUAUAUGCCCUCGUACAGACUAGAAUCACAUAACCCUUUGAACCGUGAGCAAUGUGAGAAUAUAAUGAAAGCUGUGAUGAAUAAAGCUUUUGAGGAUUUCGUUUUUAGUUCAAAGCAAGCCCAGGAUUUGUGUCAACACAUAAGUGAAGAAAUCAAAACCCGGAUUAAGGAAAAAAACUACGACAGGUAUCGCCUUAUUUGUGUUGUUACCAUUGGUGAGAAGUGCAUGCAGGGUUUCAAAUCAGUUGUGACAUUUUUAUGGGACGCCGAAAAAGAUGGAUACAUAAAAUACGCCUAUGAUACGCCGGAUUUUUUUGCAAACGCGACUUUGUAUUAUUUAUACUAUGAUUAAAUCCGAGUCCGAACAAUA